GUCACAUAUAUGUAUAAGGUCUUGUCUUGAUUCCAUCAAAUAAAACUCUGAGAGGAUGAGUCAACGAGGAGAUCAUUCAGGAAGAAAGAUAUCCUUCUCAUGGGAAAAGAAGCCUGGUGUGUCCAAAGAAACAACUACUCAUGGUGAAAAUCUGAUCCCAAAAGCACAAGAGUUUUUGGCCAAGUUGCCACCCCCUCCUUGCACAAAAGAACUAGCUAUAGCCAGAAAUCCUGUUCAUGAUUUCCAAAUUCCACUUCCUCCUUGUGCUUUUCAGCCUCCUUAUUAUAGAACUUCCUCCAAGAGGGGCCUCUGGGUUCAAGAUAAUGAUCCUUUCUUAGCAGCUUACAAAGAGUGCACCAAGAAUCAGAAAAGUGCUAAGGUGAUCAAAAUGUUGAACAAAAAUGGUAUUGAGUCCAGGUUAAGGAGGAGCCUGUCUUUUUUCUUAUGUAAGCAAUCUUGCACCGUUCGUGACAAUAAUUUGGUCAGGAUUUCUCACUUAGAUAAAGAUUGAUAUGCUUUAAUUUCUUGAUUGUUCUAUUGAGGAGAUUCCUGUACAAGUCAAACAAAGUCUAGUAUAAUGGGAGUGAGAAAAAAAAAUGUAUGUGAAUGAUUUUGCAGCUGUUUAGUAUGGUUUCUGUUUUUUGAUUGAGGGAAUGAUGGUUAGCUGAUCCUUAUGCUGCUGAUAGCCAUGAAUUUCACUAUUAGUUGUUGACUAGAAAUCAAAGAUAGUGAAUAUGUUAAU